GACAACUAUGGAGGAUGACACCCUGAUAAACAAUGCAUUCUCAAGUGAUGGCUUCUGGAAGCAGUCGGCGCUCUUCCAAGAUCCGGAGGCAUUCGAAUCGUUCUUGUUCGCUCCCUUAGAGUUAGACAUUCCCUCGAUCAAGUUCGAUCACCCAUAUGCCCCUAAACAUGACCUCGACCACGAACUUCGCCUGCCAGACCUGGAGACGUUCGAGUUUGGGCCGCUUCCAGAGCUCGACAGCCUCGAUGAGGUCAGCAUCUCGACUGCGGGCCCAUCUCUGGAGCCCGAGGAAGACAUCUGGGAGAUUGCGUUGGAUCUAGGGCCAGCGAACAAGGAUGUACUCUUCCACACCUGGGAGGGGUUCGAGAACAAACAGCACGUCGAGCGCCGCACGCCAUACAUCACCGAACACGGCCCAGAAGCUUUUGACGCGGCGCUGGCCUCCGACACGAGCAAGACCAGCAUUGGAAGAGUUGUCAGAGGCGACGUGCUACUAAAAUCGCUGUGGAACCUUGGCCUCGGUCGCUCGUCAAUACUGUUCCAGUUCAACCCCAAGCUGAAGUCUUUCGAGCCUGCUAUCUCGGAUGGACGUGCGUCUGGUGUAAGCCUGCGCACCGCCCAGAGCUUGACGACCCAGUUCAUCCAUACGGGUAAUACCUUUCUAUACUUGAGGUCAUUCGCUGAGCGCACGUUCAAUUCGACAACACCCAUUCCAGCAAGAGUGGCAUUAGCUGCUUCGACGUCAAGUAUACUCACCACUCUCGAGGACCAUCUGGGGAGACACUCAAAGGGGAUUGUGUCACUCCUCCAAUUACAGCGUCUGUUCAAAAGACCUCACGAAAUUCUGGCGCACGUUGCCCGCAUGAUCGACUCUGUUAAGUACGCAAAGACCAACGAGCAGCUGUCAUCCAUACUACACCACCGUAUGCUAGAGAUCGAAGAAGGGGAUGAGCAUUUGCGGAAAUUGUCAUGUCAGAUAUUGUGUCAGGUAGCUGGACCCAGUUUGGAGUUGCUCUGUGAAUGGAUGGGCAUCAGGCAAGAGCAAGCAGCUGCGCCUGUCUCGGAGAGGGGCAGCUUUGUAGCAGUCGAGAAUGGCUCACCAGAUCAAGGUCCGCUAGAGUAUAUCUAUCGGUCUGAGAUGAUGCCUAGAUUCAUAUCGCCUGAGGAUGGUAAUACCAUUUUCGAGACUGGCAGCAGUCUUCGCUUUCUAAAGACACAACACCCGCACCACCCACUGGCUAAUCUGGGAAAAUUCGGCGUGCAGCCUCCCAAGCUAGAGUGGAGCUUUGGCUGGAGAGACAUUGAAGCAAUUGCUACGAAAGCGACGGAUUACGAAGAGCAGCUGCGAAAAGCAAUCCUCGAAUACAGUCACGGCUCGAGCACCUCUGCACAGACGUCCGCGAUUUCUUCUGCUGUAGAACCUACAUCCAAGGAGGAACAGGCACUAGACUUUGAGAGAUACUUUGAAGAGUCCUUGCAAGAACUAGAUGCGCCACCCAAAAGAUUGUUCAGUCUCAUUCCGGACGAGUUGCAAUUGCUCAUGGAUCACAUACUGGACAGCUCGGAAACGAGUGAGUCGUCUCAGCCUGACGAGUUCUCGCCCCCUCUAUCCAUCACGUCCACACUGUCUUUCCGUCCAUUGAUUUCAGCACAAGCAAAGCUUGUCAACGCAGCAACUCUUCGCCUGUUUUUCAGGUCACAUCAGAUGCGACUUCAUCUCUCGUUACAGCGGCAGUAUCAUCUUUUUGGCGAUGGCGUCUUCUCAUCCCUGUUGACGACUGCUCUUUUCGAUCCCGAACGAGAGAGUGCAGAACGACAAAAGGGAAAGAUGCGUAGUGGUGUACAUAUGGGCUUGCAGUUAGGGUCGAGGAAGUCAUGGCCGCCAGCCAGCUCAGAGCUCCGGCUCGCACUAAGGGGGGUGUUGAGUGAAAGUUACUACUCCUCCGCCCUCUACCAGUCCACGCAAGGGCUGGGAGACGUGCACGCGACAAGCAAGACUAUCUCUGGCAGAGACAAUGACGAACUUCCUGGACAACUAAACUUUGCCAUCCGCAACCUGACUGAGGCACAACAAGAGAAGGUCAUGGACCCAGACGCGCUCGCCGCGCUCGAUUUUCUCCGCCUACAAUACGUACCACCGACGCCGCUUAACCUCGUCAUCACCAACACGGCGCUGGACAAAUACGAUGGCAUCUUCAAAUUCCUACUCCGCCUUUCGCGCAUGCUUUUCGUUGUCGCACACCUCCCACGACAGUUCCCCGACAUCGAGUCGCGCCAAUUUAGGACAGAGGCGCACCACUUCGUCACGGUUCUGGCAAACUACGUGUUCCAGACGGGCAUCGCCGAACACUGGAACGAGUUUGAGGCCUUUGUCCACACCCUGGAAACACGCCUCGACGACGAAGACGCAGCAGGCGAAGUCGGCACACGCGUGACGGAAGGUAUUGCCUCGCUCCGCGACGCGCACGAGAAAUGCCUAGACAGUAUUGGGUUCUCGCUCUUGCUCCGGAAACGUCAGCGCAAAGUGAUGGCGCUUGUGGAAGAGGCAUUUGACUAUAUUCUGCUGUUUGCAAAGAUGCAGAAUCAGGAUGUGCAGGUGGGAGAGGGCGUGAAGGGGUUGUAUGCGAAGCUCAAGGGCAAGAUACGGGUGUUUUUGAGUGUAUGCAGAGGGUUGACGGGGAAGAAAGGGUAUGGCAAGGGCAAAGGGACGGCGGAAGAGAAUUCGAUUGAGAGGCUGGUUGUGGGGAUGGAGAUGAAUGGCUAUUUCGGUGUGUCGUAGGUAUAUGUUUGAGCGGCCAAUAUGUGUGAUCUGCCUCGACGCGGAUCAUCAAACUCUGGGCCCUAGCGUAGUCACGGAUGAUCUUCUGGAGUCACACUGGGCACAUGACGUCGUGGGUCCCAUGUGUUUCGUGCGAAUGGGCGUCCAAGAAUAGAUGUUUCAGCGGCGGUGGGUG